UCUCCUGCUUCUGUCUAGCUCGACAAUUUACCAGGCAAGCUGCGGACUGACUUGGCGACGGAUUUAACAACAUUGUGGAUGUUGUAUCUCAAGACGGUUUAUAUUAUUGUUACUAUUAUUAUCAUUUAGUUCGACUUGGCCUCUUUGGGGCUCAAUUAAGCGGCAUCCUGGAAGUACCCGGAGAACCGCGGAUAUCUACGCAGCAUGGAUGCUUCGUGACCCGCGGCAGGUGUGAAGAGAUGCCCGGAGAGCCGCCGGCGGCCACCGGCCGGGUAGUGCUGGUCAAAAAGAUCGUCAUGAAGGACGGAGCCGCGCUCCAUCAGGGUAUCGGCAGGCCCAGUGUGUACCAUGCAAUAGUGGUGAUCUUCCUGGAGUUCUUCGCCUGGGGUUUACUCACCACGCCCAUGCUCACUGUUUUACAUGAAACAUUUCCCCAGCACACUUUCCUGAUGAACGGACUCAUUCAGGGUGUGAAGGGUCUGCUGUCAUUCAUGUCUGCUCCUCUGAUUGGUGCGUUGUCGGACGUGUGGGGAAGGCGGUCCUUCCUGUUGGUAACUGUCUUCUUCACCUGUGCCCCAAUCCCUCUGAUGAGGCUCAGCCCCUGGUGGUACUUCGCCAUGAUCUCCAUGUCCGGAGCUUUCUCGGUCACCUUCUCAGUGAUCUUCGCCUACGUCGCUGACGUGACUGAUGAAAGAGAGAGGAGUACAGCAUACGGUCUGGUGUCAGCUACUUUUGCAGCAAGCCUGGUGACGAGUCCAGCCAUCGGGGCGUACCUGUCGGCCUGGUACGGAGACAACCUGGUCGUUCUGGUGGCCACACUGAUCGCUCUGGCCGACAUCUGCUUCAUCCUGCUGUCUGUCCCCGAGUCUCUGCCGGAGAAGAUGAGGCUCAACACCUGGGGGGCGCCCAUAUCAUGGGAGCAGGCCGACCCCUUCGCUUCUCUGAGGAAGGUGGGUCAGGACUCAACCGUCUUGCUGAUCUGUAUCACUGUGUUCCUGUCUUACCUGCCAGAGGCCGGACAGUACUCCAGCUUCUUCCUCUACCUGAGACAGGUCAUUAAUUUCUCAUCCACAACCAUUGCUGUUUUUAUUGGAGUGGUGGGAAUUCUGUCUAUUGUAGCACAGACUCUCUUCCUCACUCUGCUGAUGAGGACUCUGGGGAAUAAGAACACUGUUCUGCUGGGUUUGGGCUUUCAGAUCCUUCAGCUGGCCUGGUACGGCUUUGGAUCAGAGCCAUGGAUGAUGUGGGCGGCUGGUGCUGUAGCAGCGAUGUCCUCCAUCACCUUCCCAGCUGUAUCUGCUCUGGUGUCACAGUCUGCUGAUCCUGAUAAACAAGGUGUGGUCCAGGGGAUGAUCACAGGCAUCAGAGGACUGUGUAAUGGUCUGGGACCAGCUCUGUAUGGAUUCAUCUUCUUCCUCUUUAACGUUGAGCUGAAUACCAUGGACCCCAUCCAGGGAGACUUCAACAUUGACCCCCUGCCUCUGCACAGUCCUACUGAGCGAGCCCUCAUCCCUGGCCCACCCUUCCUCUUGGGGGCAUGCACCGUGGUCGUAGCCUUCCUCGUCGCUCUCUUCAUCCCUGAGAAACCCUCCUGCUCUUCCUCUUCCUCCCAACUGUCCCUCAGCGACAAGCCCCAUGCAGACAGCAAAGAGUCGAUGUCCUCGCUGGCUGGCGUCCACAUCAACACGCCCCUCCCUGGCAGCGACGAGGAGACCCCUCCCGCCGCCAGCGACGAGGACUUUGAGCCGCUCCUGCAGGACAGUGUUGUUUGAAGGACAGGUGGAAGGACCACAGACGGUGGGGCUUACAUCAUGGUUUGAUAGAUUGGCAGAACCAGCAACACCUUUUCUUUGCUGCAGGGCAGGACUAAGUGUACUCUUAUUGUCAGAAGAUUGCUAUUGACAGCAAUAAGCAACAAUAGCACUGUUUCUUGUAUCUCUUCUUGUUUCUUUCGCGAGGGGGCAGCAGCAAAGAGCUGCAAAUAAGAUGUCACUGUUUGAUUUGACAGAAGAGACAGAGACGAUUAUUUGAUUGAGAGAAAGAUGGGGCCAACAGGGACAAUGCAGUUUAAGUGGAAACCAUCAUUUGAUUGACAAGAGGAGGGACGAACUGUCUUUUUUAUGGAAUGGGUAUACCCAGUAAGGGAAAGAGAGGUAUUUUUGUGAUUUUAAUGGAAGGAUUAUUGUUCAUCUUUAAGCUUGAAGUUGUUGAUUGUUUUUUUGUGACAAACCAGAAAAGGUGUUUUUACCUUUAGCUGUAUCAUUUUGAAGCUGUAUUUUUAAUGCUGUGAUUAUUUCUUAUUGUCUGCAAUGUAUUUACAGCAGCCAAAACAUCAGUGUUGAUUUAUACUCUUUUUUUUUUUGUUGUUGAAGAAGAAGAUUUUUUCUUAUACUUUUUUCCUUCUCAACAAGAUUAAGGGAUUUUUAUUCUUUUUAAGUGUACAGUAUCUUACCAGCUAUGAGCUAUCAGUCGCCAACAAGUUACGAAUGUGACAAGCUGAGAGAAGAGUCAGCAAAAAAGAAAUUUUAAUGGUCAUUUCCUCUCAUUUUCAUGGCUUCAUUUUCUCUUACAUUUGUAUUUCCAUCAUCCAGAACAAGAAAGAGGCGAUGUUUUAGACAGUGCAUUGGUAAGAGGCCCAAAGUUAUCUCAACUGUAUUUCUGUGAAACAAAAGAAUCCUGAAAGAUUCCUCACUGGAUCAUUUUUACUUUUAAUUUCAUCACUUAGUGUUGUUUUGUCACUCUACCUCAAAGCAGCAUGUUGCCUGGAUUUACUCAUGUUCCUUCACAUUUUAUUUUAUUUUUAUAUCAGUCACUUUAUGAACGUGCUGCUGGCUGCUGGCAGUGGGAAAACCUCAGGGCUGCAACUUCAGUAUUUAGCAGUUCAAGCAUCAAUGGGGUUUGAACCACCUAGUUUAUGGUUCUGCCAUUGCUCGGAUUUUCAAAAUUGAGAAGACUGCAGUUCAGAUCAUGCAUCGUGGCCGCAAUUAAAUAAAACGUGAUAUUAGUCUUUUGGCCAGAUUUCCCAGCCCUAUUUUUAUUUCAGGAAUGCAUAAUAACCAGUUUGGGUACAGUAUAUCCAUUUAGUACUAAUAAAACAAUAAUUGGCAGGGUUAUGCAUUUUUAAAUAUGUAAUGAUAAUAUUAGUUAAUUCUUAAAAUUACACUAAAUAUGGUGUGCACAUUAUGUUUGUGCUCUAGAUUGGUAUGAUAUACAUAUAUGUGUGUGUGUGUAUAUACAAUGUUGUUGUGAUGCUGUAGCUCACCAAUGCAUUGCUUAAAUGUCACAACCUGUACAUCUUCCAGUAUUAUCAGCCCCGUCUCCUACAAAUUAUAUUCAUACACAGCAAAUUUGAAACAGCAAAUAAGGUUAAAGCAUAUUGGUGACCAAUUCUGUUUUCUUUAGCAUGAUGAGGAACUGUUACUAACUAAAGUCACAAAAAUGUUGACACAGUAUCUGUACUGUAUAGUAAAAUAGUAAAGUAUAGUAAAAUAUUCACUGAUAACUUCAAAAAUGAUGUUCUCCUAACUAUAACCAACAUGCUUUUGUUGCCUAAACCUAACCACUUACCAGAGUCUACACUUGAAACUGUGGUUUCCAGUUUCAGUCUUGCACUUUGUAUACCUGCCAUCCACCCUAAACUCCUACUUGCCCCUUUAUGCCCCUGGAGGCACAAAAAUCUAUUUGAUUCAGUAAAAUAAAAAUUUUCUCAAAAAAACAUAAUCUCUAGGAGGGUGGGUAUUGUAAGACCAAACUUUUAAACAUCUUUCACACAAAUGCUAGUAAGUAACAUUGCUUACCUUUCUAUGGUGUCACACGUGCUGCCGUUUAGAGGUCCCCCGGAAUGUAGGUGUAGAACCACCACUAGCUGGCAGCAUGACACCAUGAAGUUGCUCCAAAAUACUUCUCGAUCUGGCUAGGUAUACUUCCAUCCUAGUCCAGAUUUCAUGCCAGCUGUGAGAUCAGCUGGUCAUCUGUUGUGUUAUAGGUGUCUCAUAGCCCACAGGCUUUCACUGUAUCAUUUUAAAAACACAUGGAGCUCAGCUGGAAAAGACGUCUGUCUGAUUUUAAAACAGACAUGUUGCAGAUAUGAGGUUUUUUUCCCUGACUGCAGUGCUGUUCCUGUGAAUGAACUUAUACUUGAAGCAUCCAAAAGAGAUUUUAUGAAGCUUUAGAGAAGAUUUAGGUAACAAAUGUUGAAGAGUUUAACAGUCUAACUGGCAGUUGUUUGCUUUAUGACCUUAAAAUGUAAAUGUACAUGUGAAUGACAUUAUGGUUUGUAUAUAGUGUAAGUGAAGCGUGGGAUUGGUUUGGUUAUUGUGGUUGAUUUCCCCCUGUUCCCCUCUUAUUCACUCCUGAGUGUGUCUACAUGCACAACAGUAUCCUGGUAACAAGGGCGUAGGUUUGGUCUCCUCACUGGGGGGACAUUGCAGGGACACAACAAGGCACCCUCUUCCUGUUACAUAAACACUUAAUUUUCGCCCAUGCUCGAGGUAUGAAGUGACAGCCCUGACUAUUUACAGUUGUCAUAACACUGAUUAGUUGGCAGAUGAUAUUUCAAAUAUCAAAUCUGCAUGUAACAUGAGGUAAUCAAUAAAGAGCAUAGUGUGUCUAAACUGGUCGUCUUGGAAACGCAGCCUCUGGGAGGGCACAUCUCAACUAUCUAAUUUGACUUAUUUCCAUUAUGCAAACAUGUUAAAUGAAAUAUUGAAGGGGACAAAAUAAUGGCAGGGACAUUGCCUGGUAAUACGUCUUUUUCAGUUUUUGGUCAUAUUUGGUACACAAAGUCUUUAAAUGUGACAGGUGCUAGAUCAGAUCGACUCAUCUGCAAUUUGUCUUGUACAAACAGAUCUGCAUUUCAAUGAUUUUUCCAGUCUAACCCCAUCUGUUUUAGCCAGUUUCAUGUUUUGAAGACAAAAUUUUUUAUUUCAUUAUAACAAUUGCAAAGGUGGCUUUUUUUGCUGCCAUUAUCAUUCAGGAUUGAAUGCUUUUCACAGAUUUACUGCCAAAUCACAUCAUUUAGAGUUCCCAGAAACAGGAUGAGUAACAAUCUUUUUGUAGUUUUUGCAGUCGGGAUAUAAUGUCUGUUUGAGGUUUUGUUUACUCCAAAACCCGGAUCAUACGUAGAAUAUUGCUGUGAAUGUGUACACAGUUGUUUCAUUGAAUUCUGCACCCACUCAGUUCAGCAUCAGACUCAAACUGACUCAACAGUGUAAAUAUAGUACAUGGAUUGGAUGUCUGUGUAUGUGAAGAAAUGAAAUGUACAUGGGAUUCACUGUAAAUACACUUUGUCUGUUGUCUUGCCUGGACGUGUAUGAGCCAGUUGUUGGUUAAUGGAAAUUAAAACAGAACAACGCCUGGCAUUA